AUGGCCUCAGAAAACUAUCCUCUCGAGUACAGGACGUACUCGAAUGGCGGCUAUGCCAGCGUCGAAUCAACCGUCCCCCUUACAGACUAUCCAGCUUGGGAUGAACAAGAGCACCCGCAAAUGAACGAGCUGCGCAGAUCCGACGCCACCCUCAAACGCCGCAUCCGUCUCCUUCGCCUCCUUUCCCGCCUCGCCAGCCUCAUCCUUAGCAUCGCCGUCUUCGUCCCCAUCGCCAUGACCGUCCACAAAUUUCUAACCACGCACAAUGUAUAUCGUGACGUCUUGCUCCCCACCGGCACGACCGUCCACCGCACCGCCUGGGCCGCAAACUCAAAAGUCUGGCCCACGUACAUGUACUUCGGCGUCGCCUCCACGUCGCUCUUCCUGGACGCCGGGAUUCUAAUUUCGUACCUGUGGUCCAUCAAGGUGGCUAAUAGGAUGGACAAUGUUGGCAGUGCAUUCAGCUUCGUGGUGUUUGUGGGAAAUCUGGUGGUCUGGGCCGUUGCGGCGGGAACAUACAGAUAUGAGAAAGAUGGAGGGGAGCGGCCGAAGGACUUGUGGGGGUGGACUUGCUCAAGCGCAGCUGCGAGGAUCCAGGACGUCUUCCGUGAGGAGGUUUAG